AUGGUCGCCACCACACACGAGCCACCUUCCGAACGCCUUCGACAAGCUGAAGAACUCAAGAAUGCAAAGCAGAUUGAGCAGGCGAUUGCUCUUUACAAUGGUGUCCUUGCUGAACCUUCAGAAAACGAUCAGAUUAUUAAGGAACAGGAAUACGCCAUUGUCCAUCUCGGCCAGCUCUAUCGCGACCUCGGUCUUGCACAGGAACUCGCUCAGCUGAUCCGAUCAUCGCGAUCGUUUAUGGGUGCGAUUGCCAAAGCUAAGACGGCCAAACUAAUUCGCACGCUUGUGGAUUAUUUCAGCGACAUCCCCAAUUGUUUGCCUCUCCAGAUUGAUGUGUGCAAGGAAACCAUUGAAUGGUCUGUGCAGGAAAAGCGUAUCUUUUUGAAGCAAUCUCUCGAGACACGCUUGGUGGCCCUCUAUCUCGACAACAAGAUGUAUCAUGAGUCCCUCAAUCUCAUUUCUCAAUUGCUCAAGGAGCUCAAGCGUUUGGAUGAUAAGAUGGUCCUUGUUGAAGUUCAACUCUUGGAAAGCAGAGUGUGCCAUGCUCUUCGAAACCUGCCAAAAUCAAGAGCUGCAUUGACCUCUGCACGUACAUCUGCCAACGCCAUCUACUGCCCACCUCUUUUGCAAGCUGCACUUGAUAUGCAAUCGGGUGUACUUCAUUCAGAAGAAAAAGAUUACAAGACCGCCUAUUCCUACUUUUUCGAAGCAUUUGAAGGAUAUUCAAGCCAAGAUGAUCCAAAGGCCGUGUUGGCUCUCAAGUAUAUGCUUUUGUGCAAGAUCAUGUUGAAUUUGCCUGAGGACAUUCAAGCCAUUCUCAGUGGCAAGACCGCUUUACGUUACUCUGGUUCCGAUAUCGAAGCUAUGAAGGCUGUGGCCAGCGCACAUCAAAACAGAAACUUGCAGGAAUUCGAAACUGCAUUGGCAACCUAUACACAUGAGCUCAAUGAUGAUCCCAUUAUCCGAUCACAGCUUGCAGCAUUGUACGACACCCUUCUUGAACAAAAUUUGGUGCGCAUCAUUGAACCCUUUUCUCGAGUUGAGAUUUCCCAUAUCGCAAAUUCUGUCAAACUCCCAACACAACAAGUGGAAGCAAAACUUUCACAAAUGAUCUUGGACAAGGCUUUCCAUGGUAUUUUGGAUCAAGGUGCUGGAUGUCUGAUUGUAUUUGAUGAGCCAGAAGAAGAUAAAACGUACGAAACGGCUAUUGACACGCUCAAACAAGUUGACAAGGUGGUCUCCAGUCUCUACCAAAAGGCGGCCAAGUUGUCGUAA